UGUAGUGAAUUAUAGAUGACCUGGGUUCUCUUAACAACGGGAAGUGACACAUACAGCUGUAUAAAAGGAAUAAAGCAUGGCCAUUUCUCCCCCUGUGGUCAUUUAGCAAAUACUGUCCGACCACGGUGAAACAUGUAAAAACAACGUUGAUAAUAAGAAUAACUUUGAGGGAAGGAGAGUUAUAGGUGCAUUCUUCGUCAAUUUAUUAUCUACAAAUUAAAAAAACUAAACGAUCCUGUCAUUAAACCCGUAGAAUGUGAUAAUAGAUCAGGUGAACAGUCGAUGAAUAAUUGAGACGCUUUCAGAGAUUUCAAUCUGGUUUGAUAUUUCACCACUUCAAACUGACAAAUGAUAUUAAAUAUGGAAACUUCAACUUUGUUCGAAGACAGUUUCGUCGACACAUUUGAUGUUUUAUCAUCCUCAGGCUCGUCAAUUCAAGUGGGUUGGAAAUUAAAAGCGGCAAAUAUACCUCUAGUGCGGCAAUUUCAGGUGCAUUAUCAAAAGGUUGCAAGCCAAUAUAUUCAAUACGGACCAUUGCUUCACGCAAAUGAACGUGAAUAUGAAGUAGAACAUUUAGUAGCAGACACAUACUAUAAAAUUUGUCUCGUUGUGUACAGAAGCAAUACAACAGAUUAUCGAGAAUGUACGGAUGCCUCAACAACAAACUGGCAACUACCUGUUUCAGUGGGAAGCAGCAUAGGGGCUAUGUUGGCCCUUUCAGUUAUUGUACUUAUCGUCUUGUUGUCAAGGUGCAAAGUUCCUCUUCGAUACAGAGGAAAGAAAUCGAAAAGCUCAACCAGAUACGACACAAUUCCAUCGAUGUACCGUGAUGACCAGCAGUUUGAGUGCAGUGAAACUGUUACACACGGCAAUGACGACGACUUUGUGUCCGAAUUUGACGACGAAGCAUUCUAUGAAGUUCCUCUUCAUGAUCAUACACGGUCAAUGCGGACUGUGAAUCCUGACAAAUCAGCGAUACAAAACGGCCAAUGCCGUUGCCAUGUACAUCCUCACGGCCAGGCAAACAGUCAACAUAGAAAUUCAUUGGGACGGAUAAAUUGCUCACAGCCCCAUCAUCAUACGCGACAAUUUCGGGCAUACUCUAUACAAGCUAAUGGUAGUGUUUGCUUUUUUAAUCAGCCAUGUUCACCGUUAGCGAAAGAUCCGAAAAUACCGCCGUUAAUGAGACAGGACUCAAAACAAGACAAAAAUAUCUCCCCCACAGGAUAUAAGCAUACGCCCAAUACACCUUUCACACGUUCAAUGUCGCUUAAAGAAUAUCCAACAACACGGUCAGAUAUUACCAUGCCAGAACAAAAGGUUGGCUCACCACCCGCUCAGGCUUUUACAUUCAUCGACGAGAUUCCAGAAGUUUUUCAUCGAAAACAUCUUCAAAGUCCAACAUGUCUGCUGAGGUAUCAGCAACUACACCAAGCAGAGCUGUAA